AUGUCAACGCUGGCUUCUCUGCAGAUGCUGCUCAACUCCCUGAACUCCACUGCCCCCAGCAACAGGACCGACGAGACAGCCAACAGGAGCAGCGCCUGGUGCCAGGGCGUCUUCAUCCCCAACGAGCUCUUCCUGACGCUGGGCCUCGUCAGCCUGGUGGAGAACGUGCUGGUGGUCACGGCCAUCAUUAAGAACAGGAAUCUGCACUCACCCAUGUACUACUUCAUCUGCUGCCUGGCUGUGUCCGACAUGCUGGUGAGCGUCAGCAACCUGGUGGAGACCUUGUUCAUGCUGCUGAUGGAGCACGGCGUGCUGGUCCUCCAGACCAGCAUUGUCCGCCAGAUGGACAACAUCAUCGACAUGAUGAUCUGCAGCUCCGUGGUGUCGUCCCUCUCCUUCCUGGGGGCCAUCGCCGUGGACCGGUACAUCACCAUCUUCUAUGCCCUGCGCUACCACAGCAUCAUGACCAUGCAGCGGGCGGUGAUCAUCAUUGUGGGCAUCUGGGUCGCCAGCACCAUCUCCAGUAGCAUCUUCAUCGCCUACUACAAGAACAACGCCGUCAUCCUCUGCCUCAUCGGCUUCUUCCUCUCCACGCUUAUCCUCGUGGUGGGGCUCUACAUCCACAUGCUCUCCUUGGCACACCACCAUGCCAAGAACAUCUCUAGCCUGCAGAAGAAACGCACCGUCCACCAGAUGACCAGCAUGAAGGGGGCGGUCACCCUCACCAUCCUGCUGGGGGUCUUCUUCAUGUGCUGGAGCCCCUUCUUCCUGCACCUGACGCUGAUCGUCACAUGCCCCAAGAACCCCUUCUGCACCUGCUUCUUCAACUACUUCAACCUCUUCCUCAUCCUCAUCAUCUGCAACUCGGUGAUAGACCCGCUCAUUUAUGCUUUCCGGAGCCAGGAGCUCAGGAAAACCCUGAAGGACGUGGUGCUGUGUUCCUGCCGCCUGCACCAGCCACAGCCGCCGCCCCGGGCCAGCAUGAGGGAGAUCGUGCACAUCCAGGCGGGCCAGUGCGGCAACCAGAUCGGAGCCAAGUUCUGGGAGGUGAUCAGCGAUGAGCACGGGAUAGACCCCAGCGGGAACUACGUGGGAGACUCCGACCUACAGCUGGAGCGGAUCAGUGUCUACUACAAUGAGGCUUCCUCUCACAAGUACGUACCCCGUGCGAUCCUGGUGGACCUGGAGCCCGGGACCAUGGACAGCGUUCGAUCGGGGGCAUUUGGACAUCUCUUUAGACCUGACAACUUCAUCUUUGGUCAGAGCGGUGCUGGCAACAACUGGGCAAAGGGGCACUACACAGAGGGUGCUGAGCUGGUGGACUCUGUCCUGGACGUGGUGAGGAAGGAGUGUGAGAACUGUGACUGUCUGCAGGGCUUUCAGCUCACCCACUCCCUGGGCGGUGGCACUGGUUCAGGCAUGGGCACCCUCCUCAUCAGCAAGGUCCGUGAAGAGUACCCCGACCGGAUCAUGAACACUUUCAGUGUGGUGCCUUCCCCCAAGGUGUCUGACACGGUGGUGGAGCCCUACAAUGCUACCUUAUCCAUCCACCAGCUGGUGGAGAACACGGACGAGACCUACUGCAUCGACAACGAGGCCCUGUAUGACAUCUGCUUCAGAACCCUUAAACUGGCCACGCCCACCUACGGUGACCUCAACCACCUGGUCUCCGCCACCAUGAGUGGCGUCACCACCUCCCUGAGAUUCCCUGGCCAGCUCAACGCUGACCUAAGGAAGCUGGCAGUCAACAUGGUGCCCUUUCCUCGCCUCCACUUCUUCAUGCCAGGCUUUGCCCCCCUCACAGCCCGUGGCAGCCAGCAGUACCGAGCCCUAACCGUCCCCGAGCUCACCCAACAGAUGUUUGAUGCCAAGAACAUGAUGGCCGCCUGUGACCCACGGCAUGGACGCUACCUGACAGUGGCCACAGUCUUCAGAGGCCGCAUGUCCAUGAAGGAGGUGGAUGAGCAGAUGCUCGCCAUCCAGAGCAAGAACAGCAGCUACUUCGUAGAGUGGAUCCCCAACAACGUCAAGGUGGCAGUCUGCGACAUCCCACCCCGGGGGCUGAAGAUGUCUUCCACUUUCAUUGGGAACAGCACGGCCAUCCAGGAGCUCUUCAAGCGCAUCUCAGAGCAGUUCACCGCCAUGUUCCGACGCAAAGCCUUCUUGCACUGGUACACGGGCGAGGGCAUGGACGAGAUGGAGUUCACCGAGGCAGAGAGCAACAUGAAUGACCUGGUGUCGGAGUACCAGCAGUACCAGGAUGCCACAGCUGAAGAGGAAGGGGAGAUGUAUGAAGAUGACGAGGAGGAAUCUGAGGCCCAGGGUGCCAAGUGA